CAUCAUCGGGGAGGUGUUUGACAGCGCUGACGAUAGUUCCGGUGGAGUGUGACCCGGUGAGUGUGACAGAUCGAGAGUGAGAGGCUGCCGGUGGGAGACAAGGGCUGAAGAUCUCCAAAACUUACACUGUGUUUGAGUUAAUGUAUCUGAUGUGAAGGAUCCAAUCUCAUCAUUUUUGCAACUGGAAGUCAUUAGCGAAAUAAACUUUACUGGAGAAUAUUCUCAACCUCAGCUGACCUAUGAAAUGGCAGAGAAUGGCACUGAUUGUGAGCAGCGGCGUGUUGGCGUCUCUAAAGAACAACACAAUGGAAGCUUUACAGAUUCCUCCUUUUUGAAUGAGAAGAAGAGGAGGGACCGUGAGGAACGGCAGAGUAUUGUUCUCUGGAGGAAGCCAUUCAUUACCUUGCAGUAUUUUUUCCUUGAAACCCUGAUAAACUUGAAGGAAUGGAGCUUAAAAUUGUGGCACCGUCGUGGGAUGGUGGGGUCAUUACUGCUCCUGCUUACACUUCUUACAGUAGCGUAUUAUAUUGAAGGAACACAUCAACAGUAUGUACAGUAUAUUGAGAAGAGAUUUUUAUGGUGUGCCUACUGGGUAGGCUUAGGAAUUCUGUCCUCUGUGGGACUUGGAACAGGUCUUCAUACUUUUCUUCUAUAUUUGGGUCCACACAUAGCUUCAGUGACACUUGCUGCUUAUGAAUGUAACUCGGUCAACUUUCCUGAACCUCCUUAUCCAGAUGAAAUUAUAUGUCCAGAAGAGGAAUCGGUAGAAGGUGCCAUUUCAUUAUGGACCAUCAUAUCUAAAGUCAGGCUAGAGGCCUGUAUGUGGGGUGCUGGCACUGCCAUUGGAGAGCUGCCACCAUACUUUAUGGCUAGAGCUGCCCGCCUUUCAGGAGCAGAACCUGAUGAUGAGGAAUAUGAGGAAUUUGAGGAGAUGCUGGAACAUGCUCAGACAGCACAGGACUUUGCAUCCCGAGCCAAACUUGCUGUUCAAAACCUGGUGCAGAAAGUAGGAUUCUUGGGGAUUUUGGCCUGUGCUUCUAUUCCCAAUCCCCUAUUUGACCUGGCAGGAAUAACAUGUGGGCAUUUCCUUGUUCCCUUCUGGACUUUCUUUGGAGCCACUCUGAUUGGCAAAGCAAUAAUUAAAAUGCACAUUCAGAAGCUAUUUGUAAUCAUAACUUUCAGCAAGCACAUAGUGGAGCAGAUGGUGUCGCUAAUUGGGUCUGUUCCAAGUAUUGGACCUUCUCUGCAAAAGCCGUUCCAAGAAUACCUAGAGGCUCAAAGAAAGAAACUUCAUCAUAAAGUAGAAAAAGGAGCCCCACAGAGUGAAAACUGGUUAUCAUGGGCAUUUGAGAAGCUGGUCAUCAUUAUGGUGUUCUAUUUCAUUCUUUCCAUCAUCAACUCUAUGGCACAGAGCUACGACAAGCGUGUUCAACAGAAAAAAGUAUCUGUUGAGAAGACAAAAUAAGGGGGAAGGACUCUGGGAGUAAAUGGGCGGGUGACACAAAAAAGACAAAAUGCUACUAAGAACCUCAUUUGACCUGAUUAACCGUUAAAAUGCAAAAUUGGCAAUUUAAGCUUUGGACAUUUUAAAAACAAAAUCAUUUUUUUUUUUUCAAAAUCAUAUUAAAUUAUUUUUUUCUAAUAUUUUUUUUUCACACUAUAAAAUGGUAACCAUUUAUAUACUGUGGAUAAGAGUCUUUGGCAAAAUAAGGUAAUGUAUAUCCUUUUCUUUUUUUUUUUUGAUCCUCAUAGUAUUUUAUUUACAAACGGUUUAUCCUUUUCUUAACAUCUCAUUUUUUUUCUCUCUCUCUCUUAUGGUGAGUUAGUUUUAAUUUCUUUGUAGCCCAUAUCUUGCCACUCAGGGUACUGUUUCACAGUAUUUUCUUUCUCCCAUGUUUUUGGCCAAGAAAAUUUGAGGCCUUUGUUUUCCUCUGUGUAGCAGCACUAAUGGGUUGAAUAAAUAAGGGACUAUUUGCCUGUAUGCUGCUUGUGUCUAUAGGAAAGCACAAGGUGAAAUUUAGAAUUUCUUGACUGAUAACUGUGGGAGCAUGAAAACCACAACGUCACGGUACACCUAAAGGGUCUGUGGCCUUUAGACUUUUGUGGAACUACAUUGUUUCAUGCAGUGCUGGAACCUGUAUUUUACAGCAGCUAAAGUGCCAUAGUUUACCUACUGUAGCUUAUUUCAUUGAAAGCAGGACAGGGUGUUGCAGUGCAUCACCUUUUGGACUGUUCUAGUUGGUGUGAAAUAAAGUCAAGUUGUGACUUUCGGUGUUUACUUUGACUGGACGAACCAAUUGAAAGUGCUGUUCAGACUUUUGUCAUAUGACUAGAGGGAGACAUUACCACAUUGCUGUGCAGUGUGCUCCCGUGACCCUGUAAAACUGAAGACCUGUAGAGUUCUUGACAAGUCUGGUUUGCACAUGGACUAUAUUACGGCAUGAUGGCCUAACUUUUGAUAGGUGCCCUGCUAGUCUACAAUUUCAGGUGUCCAGUUUACUUUUUUGCUAAUAAAUCGCUUGUCUGUAACAUUAUGGGAGAGAUAAGGAACUCAAAUCUCUAACACAGGCUUUCAGUUUGCGUGGGUUAAACCAUCGUUAACCAUCUAUUAACUUUUAAAAAAAAGUUCUGAUAGUCUUGGCAAAGAUAAUGCAAUGCUGUCUGCCCGGCAAUAAUUGGAGGUAGGAAUUGUACAUUAUUCGGUGCCCUUACCCAUUGUCUUGGUUUUGAGGUGCUCAUUGAAAUCAGUGAACACAGUUGGUAACCGUCCAGUUCUUUAUAAGCUGACUUGCUUUUUUGUUUUUGUUGUUUUAAUUCUGUACUUAUAGAAUGGAACGUUGAAACUGAACUUUAUAAAGCCACCUUUGAUCAUUCCA